CUGCGGACUGCUCCGGGACCAGAACCGAGCGCGUUCUCACAGGGACUAACGGGAAUCGAACAGUGAUCAGGAGCCGGUCAGGGGGCGGUUCGGUCUGUCGGACGGGAUGUCCCGGCUACUGGAGAGCAGGCGGCAAGACAGGAUGAAGGAGAUCAACCAGAAGAACAAGGAGAAGGAGCGUCUGAAGGAGAGGGAGAAGGAGGCCCGAGAGAGGGAGGCCCGAUCCAGCAACGGCCACCUCUUCACCUCGCUGACGGUGUCCUCCACCACCCUCUGCUCCUCCUGCAACAGGAGCAUCACGGCUAAAGAGGCUCUGAGCUGCCCAGCCUGUAAUGUCACCAUCCAUAAUCGCUGCAGAGACAGUUUGGCCAGCUGUGCCAAGAUGAAGCAGAGGCAACAGAAGCUGGCGCUGGCCAGAAACAGUUCAGCCCUGCAGAACGUCGCCCUGCGGACCAAAACCCCGAUGAUGAAGGAGCGUCCGAGCUCGGCCAUCUAUCCCUCCGACAGUCUGCGUCAGUCUCUGCUGGGGUCCAGGCGGGUCCGCUCCGGCCUCUCGCUCGCCAAGAGCGUCUCCACCAAUAACAUCGCCGGGGGCUUGGAGGAUUCGGUCGGUCUCAGGAGGAUCUUGUCUCAGUCCACAGAGUCUCUGAACUUCAGGAGCAGGACUCUGUCCAUGGAGUCUCUGACGGAUGAGAGUGAGUGGUGGUGGAGCCCCCUGCUGGAGGAGCUGCAGGUGGAGGGCAGCUGUGUCCAGGCGGACAGCUGGAGUCUGGCUGUGGAGCCCAACUUCCUGCAGACGCUCCACAAAGACCUGAUCAAGCAGCAGGACGUCAUCUACGAGUUCAUCCAGACGGAGUUCCAUCACGUGCGGACGCUGCGGAUCAUGGAGGGCGUGUACCGGCGGGGGAUGCAGGAGGAGGUGAUGCUGGAGCCGGGGGUGGUGCACACCAUCUUCCCCUGCCUGGACCAGCUGCUGGAGCUGCACUCCGGCUUCCUGGCGGAGCUGCUGAGCAGGAGGAGGGAGGGGCUGGCGGACGGCAGCUCCACCAACUUCACCGUGCGGCGGCUGGGAGACCUACUGCUCAGACAGUUUUCAGGGCAGUCCGCUGACGACAUGAAGAAGGUUUACUCGGAGUUCUGCAGUCGACAUCCGAAAGCCGUUAAACUCUACAAAGAAGUAUUGAGUCGAGACCGACGGCUGCAGCAGUUCGUUCGGCGUGCGUGUCGCGGUCCGCUGCUCCGCCGUCACGGCGUCCAGGAGUGCAUCCUGCUGGUGACGCAGAGGAUCACAAAGUAUCCAGUGCUGAUCCAGCGGAUCCUGGACAACACGAAAGGCAAUGAGAAGGAGGUGCAGGCCCUGAGCCAGGCGCUGGCCAAGCUGAAGGAGCUGCUGAGCGCCGUGGACCUGGAGGUCCUGGAUCUGGGUCGGGCUCGGAGGCUGCAGGAGAUCCAGGCCAGGCUGGACCCGCGGGCGCAGGCGGAGGUCCGCGGCGGAGGCGUGUUCCGGGGGGGAGAGCUGCUGCGGAGGAAGCUGCUGCACGAGGGAACGCUGCUCUGGAAGCUGCAGGGCUCCCGGAUGAAAGACGUACAGGUGCUGCUCAUGUCGGACAUCUUGGUUUUUCUUCAGGAGAAGGAUCAGAAGUUCACCUUUGCAUCACUUGACAAGUCUCCAGUGAUCUCGCUGAACAACCUCAUCGUCAGGGACAUAGCCAAUCAGGAGCGAGGGAUGUACCUGAUCAGUGACUCCACCCCUCCGGAGAUGUACGAGCUGCACGCCUCCUCCAAAGAGGACCGGCGGACCUGGAUGAGCCGCAUCCAGCAGGCCGCCCUCAGCUGUCCGUCGAGGGACGACUUCCCGCUCAUCGAGACUGAAGACAAGGCCUUGCUGCGGAGACUCAGAGCCGACAUCCAGCAGAAGGACCGCGAGGUGCUGGAGCUCCUGCAGGAGCGCGUCACGCUGUUCUCCGACCUGGUGCAGGCCACGGCGCACGGCGAGUCCGAGGGAGAGACGGUGGCGGAGGUCAGGCCCCCGUCCUCCAACAGGAACCUGUUCAGGGCCGACACUCCUCACGCCCCCCGGGCGGAGCCGCUGCUCCUGGCGGCCAUCAGCGAAGUGGACAGGCUGACGGAGCUGCUGUCUCACUCCAGCAUCCAGAAAUCCUCCGUCGUCAACGGGAGUCCAGACCUCAGCAACGGAGACUCUUCUUCUCUGAACGGUUCGUUCGACUUGGACGGAGGUUCUUCGAAGGACAGAAAUGGAAACCAGCUGCAGGAACGAAGCCUGAACGAGGAAGUCCGUCAGCGACUGGUCAAUGUGAGCACGCAGCUGUUUGCCCUGCAGGCAGCGGUGAUUCGUCAGGACUCCAUCCUGGAGCUGUCGCUCAGCGCUGGCCCCGCCCCCUCCGCCACCCCGGCGUCCGCCCCGGCGCCCCGCCUCAGCCGCUCCGUCUCCAGGGACACGGGGCUGGACGCCGCCGGCGAGGUGGGGCUCCUGCGGCGGCAGGUGGCGGUGCUGCAGGACGAGGUGGCGCGCCUGCGCCGGAGGGGGGAGGAGUCGGUCCGGGAGGCGGCGAAGACGAGCGUCAAUGGCGAGGCGAGCAGCGCCACCGCGGGCGAGCAGGGGAAGAACAGGCGGCGGGGCAGUAAGGACCUGGAGUUCCGCCCCCUCGCCCCCCUCGCCACCGAGGAUCCAGUCGACCAGUUAGACGGCGUCCAAGAAGGGAACGAUGAAGAGGAGGAGGAGGUGAUGAAGAUUUCUCCUCGGUCCGACAGUCCCAGAGACCUACAGGACAUCCCGGAGGAGAGCGAGAGUUAGCAGCGCCCGGAGCGACGCCGUCGUGUUCCGUCUCCCCGGAGUCUCCGAUCGAAACCGCGGGAGUGGGCGGAGUUAUCGGGGUGGAAUCCGGGGCUUAGCUGCGUAGGUAGGGUUUGGUGGAGGCGGGCGGGGCUACAUUCAGUCCAAAGCUUGACGCUUCUGUCUGCUCCAAACCAACCGAUUCAUCCGUCGCCGUGUUUUCGAUGAUUCUUUCAAUGUCUGAGUAUUUCAGUCUCUGGAUGUUUGAAUUUGUCUGAGUCUUUGAAUCUCUGAAUCCUUGAAGCUUUUGUUUAUUUUUUAUCUCUGAUUCUUGAAGAGUCUCAGGUAGAAAGCUGUAGUCAAAUGAAGCAGGAACCUUUUCCUUUCUUUGUUGGUGAGGACUGUACAUAAACACUGAGAAGAUGUAAAACUGGUCCAGAUCCUGGCCUGAUGCGGAUCACGGUGGCUUUCUGUGUGGCUCAUUUGUUUGAUACCGAUGUGUUUAUUUAUUCUUCAAGCUGAUAUCAAGUCAAACAGCCACCACACUACAUUUCCCACAAUGCCUUUGGAUCUGAAGCCACUCGUUUAGACUGAGAGAUUAUAAUCUGUUUAUUUAUACAGAGACAUGAGAAGUAAACAUAGUUUUAGAAACGUUUGAUUCUUCACUGUAAGGAGUGUUGAUCCAAAAGAAGAAUCUGUUUGUCUGUUUAUUUGUUUGUUUGUUUGUUUGUUUGUUUACCAAAAAUCUGCUGGAUUUAGGAACUGAAAAGCUGAAGUAACUGAAUUUCUUCAUGUUUGAUGAGAUAUCAAAACAAAAGCCUUUGAAACGUUGGCCUGGGUGGGGGCGGAGCUUCCACAGAUUGUGGGCGGGAUUUAAUGCUGAAUUGUUUUCAAGGGAGCAUGUUAGCAUGUUUUUUAUACUGUGUCAGACUCGCAAAUGUGUGUGACGUAAAAAAAAAAAAAACUACGAAGAAUCUUUUUGUCAACGUUUAUGAUGCAAAAUGU